CCCCCGGCUCCCGCAAGGAGCAUGCAGUGCUUCCCCAGCCUGGUGCUGGCGCUGAGCUCGCUGCUGGGCGCGCUGGCGCUGCUGCAGCUCUCGCUAUACCUGCGGGUGCCGUCCCGCUACGGGAAGCACGAGGAGCGGCUGUGCCGGGCGCGGGGGCGGCUGCCGGCGCGCUGUGCCUGGUUCCUGCAGGAGCUGCCGUCGUUCCUGGUGCCCGCGCUGCUGCUGGCGCUGCGCAGCCCGCCCCGCCUCGAGCCGCUCGGCUGCCGCCUCCUCUGCUGCCUCUUCUGCUGGCACUACUUCUACAGGACAUUUAUUUAUCCCUUCUUCACUAGAGGCAGACCUUUCCCACUGCAAUUGCUUUUCUUUGGCAUGUUAUUCUGUAUCUAUAAUGGCUUCCUCCAGGGGUACUACCUGAUUUACUGCGCUGAAUAUCCAAACAAUUGGUGCACCGACAUCAGAUUUACAUCAGGCCUCCUCUUAUUUCUGCUGGGAAUGGGAAUCAACAUUCACAGUGAUCUCCUGCUGCGCCAGCUGAGAAAACCUGGGGAAGUCACUUACAAGAUUCCUCAAGGGGGACUGUUUACCUAUGUUUCUGGAGCCAACUACUUUGGAGAAAUUGUGGAAUGGUUUGGUUUUGCUAUAGCAACCUGGUCCCUACCAGCCUUUGCCUUCGCCUUUUUUACUCUUUGCUGCAUUGGGCCACGUGCUUAUCACCAUCACAGGUACUAUCUCAAGACAUUUACGGACUAUCCAAAAUCAAGGAAAGCCUUGAUUCCUUUUGUUUUUUAACAAUUAACAAUUGAAAUAUGGACUCUGUGUUCUGUUUUUAAUAGGGCUUUUUUCAAUUCCUAGUUUUAAUGUUAGAUCUGACUAUAAUUAACUGUACAAAUCAUAACCCUGGAUUGUAACAGACAGGAAGGUAAUUUGGAUCUGAAGUUCUUGUUUUUAACUGUGGAGGAUAUUGCAGACAGUUGUGGGCAAAGGGACUCCCCAAACAAGAUGUUUGUUUGUCACUGGAAUUCUACCUAUGGAAAAUGGUUAUACAACUGCACUGAUAUCAGAGAAAAUGCAUUGGCUAAAAACGGAUGCAGAAAAGUAGAAAGCAAGCCCAUGACUUCAGAGAAAACCUUCAGCAGCCACUCCAGUUUAUAUUACCUCUGCAGCUGCCUCUUCCUGCCUCCAUGCUGUAGCAAAUGCACCAUUGUUCUGCCAGCUCAUCCAUAGGCGUUACCAUCCUUUAAACUGGAGUAGGAGUCUCCUUUGUCCGCAAAAUAACUCAGCCUUUUAUGUUUUGUCUAAAAGCCAGCUUAGGUCGCAGAACCAUAAUGCAUCAACAAGAUGUCAGCACAAGGCUGGGAGCAUUGUGCCAUGGCACAGAGGUGAUGCAAAGUGUGCAGAGAUGGAAACAUCUUAAGUUGGCGUUCACAAGCACAAUGUCUCUGUUCCUCCCUUAAGCAAUACUCUCCUCACUGUCAGAUGAUUAAUCCUCAGCCAUCAGGGCUUUUUUACAUGUACUUUGUUAAAGCAAUUGCAGCUCCAUUAGGAUUUUUUUCCCUCUUGCAAAUCCAGAGCUCUUUUCAGAAGAAAAAUUUGUCCACUCAAAACCCACUAAAUUGUUAUUAAUAAAAAGGCUUGAGAUGGUGAUGUAUGACAAAAAUUACAACAAAUAAAGAGCUCGGUGUUGAAGAAAAUGUUCUCCAACACUGGCAGUACAUUUUGUCUGUGGAGAACAUUUGCAGAUACUCAUAUCAGGAAAUGAUAGAGAAAUUAUUGAAUUUUCACAAACACAGAGUGUCCUUUCCUAAUUUCAGAAUAUAGUUAGGAAUUUAAAAAAAAAUGCCAUUAACCCCAAUAGGAAGAGAUGUCCCUGUAGAUACUGAUAGUUUUAGUUACCCUUUAGAGCAUAAAAUCCUGCUAAGAUAUGCUGAGUAGCUGGAAAGAAAAAGACCGGAUUGCACAUACUAAACAUACUACGUGCUGCUGGAGUAACCUGAUUGACUGUACACAAUUUUCUCCCAAACACAAUAAAAUUUA